GCUAUACUUUCUGUCUGAAUCAGUCAAUUAUCUAAAAUAAUUAAUAUUAAACAUGGCUUCAGGUUUCGAUGUCUCUGGUUUUGUCAAAGAUUUGCUGGCUGGCGGCGUGGCAGCAGCAAUAUCGAAGACAGCAGUAGCACCAAUCGAACGUGUUAAGUUGCUGCUUCAGGUUCAAGCAGUUUCGAAACAAAUUAAGCCAGAAGACCAGUAUAAGGGCAUAUUGGAUUGCUUCAAACGCGUCACCAAAGAGCAGGGUUUUAAGUCGUUAUGGCGCGGAAACAUGGCUAAUGUCAUCCGUUACUUCCCAACGCAGGCUCUCAAUUUCGCCUUCAAAGACAAGUACAAGCAGAUAUUCUUAGGUGGAGUCGACAAAAAAACACAAUUUGGGCGGUACUUCGUUGGAAAUCUCGCCUCCGGUGGAGCGGCCGGUGCAACUUCGCUUUGCUUCGUUUACCCGUUAGAUUUCGCAAGAACGCGCCUCGCCGCCGACGUCGGAAAGGCUGGCGGGGAGCGUGAAUUCAAAGGACUAUUAGACUGUCUAACAAAGAUUGCCAAAUCAGACGGACCCCUCGGGCUGUACCGAGGUUUCGGGGUGUCUGUCCAAGGUAUCAUCAUCUACCGUGCUGCCUACUUUGGAACGUACGACACAGUGAAAGGUAUGCUACCAGAUCCGAAGAACACACCGAUCGUAGUAUCAUGGAUGAUCGCUCAAGUAGUGACAACUGGUGCUGGCGUCCUGUCGUAUCCAUUCGAUACAGUCCGCCGAAGAAUGAUGAUGCAGAGCGGUCGCAAAGACGUUAUCUAUAAGGGAACCAUUGAUUGCUGGAGGAAGAUAUUGAAGAACGAAGGUGGCGGGGCAUUCUUCAAAGGCGCGUUCUCCAACAUUCUUAGAGGAACUGGAGGCGCUCUGGUUCUGGUACUCUAUGACGAAAUCAAGAAACUUCUCUAAAUUCAUCUCUCAAAACAC